AUGGGCAAUCCCAUCCGUGGCGGCUCGCUGCUCAUCGUUGCUGCCAGUUUGCUCGUGUGUGCUACACUGGGCACCGCCAAGCAGCCAAACAUCUUGUUCGUCAUUGAUGAGAGCACCGAUGCCAAGGCUUACUUUGCCAAGAAUCCAGAGAAGGCUCCAAUGCCACUGCCUAACUUGCGCGUACCAGCCCAUGUCAUGAACUCAUAUCACUAUCAUGUGCGCCGUCAAUCCGCGUUUUUCCUCCCGGAUGCCAGCCCCUGUAUGCUGUCCCAGCCGAACUUCGACUUGAUCCACCACAUCCCCCAUCAGCAAACCAAUCCUUCCACUGGCUUGUUUGUGACGGGUGCUUGGAACAACUACGAAGGCUUGCCCGAGAAUUACGACCUUAAAUACAGCGACGUCUUACACAAGGGUGGCUACAAUGUGGGCAUCUUUGGCAAAACAGAUUUCACAGCCGGUGGCCACACGGUCGACGCCCGCGUGACGGCUUGGACCAAUAAAGUGAACUUUCCCUUUACCCUGCAGAACGGCAGUGCUGGUUGGUAUGACGAGACAGGGCCGCUUGUGCGAACGGUCAAUGUCUCCAAGGUUGUCCACGUCUCUGAUUGGAACCACGCCAACCAGACCGCCAAAUUCAUUGCUGAUGCUGCCACUCACGACGAGCCGUGGCUAGCAUACGUUGGCUUUGAUAUUGUGCAUCCAGAUUAUGUGAGCAGCCCCUACUGGCUUGAUCAAGUUGAUAUGGACAAGGUGACCGUCCCCGAGUGGAUUCCACUCGAUCAACUGCAUCCAGAGGACUUUCAAGCCACCAUGAAGAAGAACAUGGCCAACCUCACGCACGACCCUGCCUUUAUCAAGAGUGUUCGCCAGCAUUACUAUGGGAUGAUUGCCGAAUAUGAUGCCAUUCUGGGCGUCGUCCUGGAUGCAGUGGAGGCAUCGGGCGAAGCUGACAACACCUAUAUCUUUGUGACGUCGGACCACGGUGACAUGAACAUGGAGCAUCAACAGUAUUACAAGAUGACAUACUACGAUCCCUCGGCCCGCGUGCCCUUGAUUGUCACGGGCCCAACGGUUCAAGCAAAUGUGACAUAUGAGAACCUCACCUCCCACCUCGACUUCUUCCCUACUUUCCUGGAACUGGCGAAUGUGCGCAAGGAUGACUACAAGUAUGUGACCUUUGGCAGUGGCAAGGAGGUGGCACCUCGCUUGUUCAACAUGCGCGAGGACCCACUCGAGAUGAAUGAUCUGGCGCCCUCCAAUCCUUCCCUGGUGGCGGAGCUCGAUGCCGAGCUUCGCAGCUACUGGGAUUACCCCAGCAUUGCAUCCACAGCUGAGAGCUACAACAAAGAUUCGUUUGCGCUAUUGCGCGCGUCCUUCAAUGACGAGGACAAGUUCAAAGCAUACCUAGCAACCCUUCGUUGGUCCACAUCCUGGUCGUAUGACCCUGAGGGCAGCUACGCCGCGAUCGAGGCUUGGUUGAAGACUCCCAAUUCCACUUUUGAGUGGGCUUUUCCAUGA